GUCGUGUCCAGAAGGUGAAAGGGAACUACGGCAAGCGAAGCGGACUAUAAAUUCGCAGUCAGUACGGCAUUGAGGUCUUAUUGGUUACUUUGGUGUAAAAAUCUGCAAAUAUUUAGAAACGGACUCGAACUUCAGAAACAGCAGGACAUCAUCAACUUCAUUAUGGGGUAUACAAAGGGGCAGCUAUGGUGCUGCCUGCUGCUGCUGCUGUCCUGCUGUGUGCUUUGUGUUCACUCGCAUGGAGAACAUCAUGGUCAGGUGUCAGGAGACCCACAUCCUCCCAUCACCCGCCUGGACAAGAACAUGGUACAGGACAAAGACCACAUCAUGGAGCAUUUAGACGGGGUGAUCGACAAGCCAGAGUCGGACAUGACCCCUCAAGAACUGCAGCUUCACUAUUUCAAAAUGCAUGACUAUGACGGUAACAACCUGCUGGAUGGGCUCGAGCUUGCCACUGCCAUUACACAUGUACACAAGGAGGAGAAAGGUGAAAACAGCACACCAAUGAAAGAGCAGGAGCUCAUCAGUAUUAUCGAUCAAGUCCUUCGGGAUGAUGACAAAAACAACGAUGGCUACAUCGACUACGCUGAGUUUGCGAAGUCUCUCCAGUAACGAGGGAGGUGUGAGCGGUGUGUGUGUGAGUGGUGGUGGGGUAUUUAGGUGUGUGUGUGCUGCCUUACUGUGAGCUCUGAUUACCUCUAAUUGAACGGUAUCAGCGAUCCGCGUGUAUGCAUUACACGUACACAACAAAGCUACAGUGUUCCUCGAACUGAGUGGCUGCUCACAGAAGUAGACUUUUUGCUAUUUCAACACAUUUUAUUGAGCUCCUAAAGCACUUCUAAUUCAAUGAUAUGACUGUCAUCUCCCUCCAGGAUUGAAUCUGAGCAGCGAGGAUCUACUGAACGUACGUUUAUCCCGUCAGAAUAAACUGUAGGAAGAACUUAGAUGGAUUGUAUUAUGAUGCGAGAUGUCCUAAAGAAACCAAAUAUUGCCUGAAUUCUCCACUUGUGUCAGAACGAACCUGCCAAAUACAUCUGCUGUGAAGAAAUGUCCUCUUUUAUUAUUGCUGCGGUGUUUUAAAGCAACGUUCGAAUGCAAAGCAAUGGCUGGAGUUGAAAUGUGAUAUAAUAACUUCCUUUCCUUACUGAGAGAACCUCUUCAUCUAGCACUGAUGGAUAAUUGUCAAGCUUACUAAAUUUGAAUGAAAUCAUUUAUAAAGGCCAUGAUUUUUAAUACAUGACUUUGGUAUGAGAAACGGACAUAAGAAAUGUCUGCCACAUCCCAGUUCUUGUGUUAUUUGUGUUUCAAGCCUAGAAGAGUUUUCUUCCCGGCUUUACUGUAGAUAACCAGCUGCUACUUUGGCUCCUGUGUGUGAUUAUACAAACAUAGUGGCCAUAUUUAUCACACUUCUCAACAGUGCUGAUACCAGGAUCAGGUCUUGCUUUUACCAAUAAUGAUGGGUCUGUAGGUGUGAUUUAAACUGGUUACCUAGUAUGCUGUUGAUCACAUGAAGGUUCCCCUCUGCAGUGUUUUCCUUGUGUUUCCCAUCAUUGUGUGUGGGGAAACAAAGUUUAGAGGAUUCUGUCCUCUGUUAAAAAACCAGUUAAGUGUAAUGAAGGGACUUUUUUUUUUUCUUCUAGACUACACUUUUUUUUUUUUUCUUUCUUUCCAUCACACAAGUUAAAUGUAAUCUAAGCCUGUCGUUUUUUGUCAUGUGUUACUGUUGUUGUAAAUUCUCAGCUUUACAUGAGUUAUUUGUGAACAGGGAAGAUGGACAACAAUGACCAUAUGCCAAGUCAAAUUUAUUUCUGUCAAAAUAUUUGACAUCUGAUGUUGAAAUACAUUUGAAGUUAUUAAUGUUUGUGUAUAUCAUUUGAAAUGUAGCAUUGUGUAAGAACCCAUAUUCAGGUGGUAAGAGGAUUAUCUACAAAUCUAAACAUAAAUCUAGUUAAACCAGACUAGUCAGAAUGUAAAUGAGAUGUGGGUUUGGGAAGGAAGUGUGAAUGAACUAUUUUUGUUUUAGAAAAGUAUAUUAAUAACUUCAAGACAACCUCUGUUUUGGAACUGUAAUAAAAUGUGUGAAAAUA